GCUUUCAGUUCAGAUUUCUUUCUGAUUGCUAACUGGAGGUACUACCUCCAGAGUAAAUGAACAUUUGCUGAGAAAGUGAAGGACAAAAAGGCUUCCAGAGGCACGAGAAUGUGGCACAAAAUUCAGAUAUUGCUCUUAUACUGCAUUGCCAGUGAAGUUUCAAUGACAAAACGUCUUGAUUCCAGAAGAAAUUUCCCCCAGACACUUUACUCUGUAAAUGCCAGUGAUCCUGCUAAGUGGAACAGGAUUAAAAGGAGUCUGUAUCAGGGAAGUUCCUGCAGGAUACGCGGCUGUUGUCCAGGAAGAGAUGACGACUGCCGCUUUACCAUUGUCUCCAGAGGAGCUGUGUGUUACUGUGACCAGCACUGCACCUCGGGCUCCCCUGGGCCUGUGGACUGCUGUACGGACUACUGGGAUGUCUGCAACCACCCCGCCCAGCCCAGCAGGUCAGAGGAGCCUUGGCCGCCUCUAGCAGCGGGUUGUUAUAAAGAUGGCCGAUAUUACGGAGAAGGAACAAUAAUUAAAGACAACUGCAAUUCCUGCAAAUGUUUCAACAGUCUCUGGAAAUGUUCAACAGACGUGUGCCUUGUUCGCGAAGACUUAAUUCAGCACAUCAAUUCUGGAGAUUUUGGAUGGAAAGCUGAAAACUACAGUCAGUUCUGGGGAAUGACAGUGGAAGAAGGUUUCAAAAAGCGCCUGGGCACCUUCCCUCCAUCUCAUUCUUUGCUGAAUAUGAGAGAGGCUCCUGGAAAAUCACUUCCAGAAGAAAAAUUUCCUGCAAUCUUUUCAGCCAUUUAUGAGUGGCCUGAGUGGAUUCAUGAUCCUUUGGAUCAGAGAAACUGUGGAGCAUCCUGGGCUUUUUCAACUGCAAGUGUUGCAGCAGAUAGAAUAGCAAUUCAUUCAAAGGGUCAGAUCACAGACAACCUUUCUGCUCAGAACUUGAUCUCUUGUGAUACCAGGAAUCAACAUGGAUGUAAUGGUGGAAGCAUUGAUGGUGCCUGGAGAUACCUGAAAACACAUGGGGUUGUAUCAUAUGCUUGUUAUCCAUCAUUUUGGAACAAACACCUGGGGCCAUCAGCUGAAAACCAGUGUUAUGUGUCAAGUGAAUAUGGAAAAAACCAUACAGAUGGGCCAUGUCCCAAUGCUUUUGAAAAAUCCAAUCGGUUAUACCGGUGUGCCUCUCACUACAGGGUGUCUUCAAAAGAAACUGAUAUAAUGGAAGAAAUCAAGGACAGAGGACCAGUGCAAGCUAUAAUGAAAGUGUAUGAAGAUUUUUUUCUUUACAAAGAGGGAAUAUAUCGACACUCCCAGAAAGCAGGAUCUAAAUGGAAAACUCAUUCAGUCAAACUCCUUGGGUGGGGAGCAUUACCUGACAAAAAUGGACAGAAACAGAAGUUUUGGAUUGCUGCAAAUUCCUGGGGAAAAUCCUGGGGAGAAAAUGGUUAUUUUAGGAUUCUUCGUGGACAAAAUGAGUGUGAUAUUGAGAAGCUGAUUUUAGCUACUUCGGGACAACCAUAGUUUGUCUAUACCAUACUCUGCUUGAUGUAUCUAUUUUUUCCAUUGUUGUAUAUUGAGUCUUUAUGGGGAAAAAAUGGCAUCUUCUCUCUAAGUUACCUUCCUGACUUGAACACACUGCAGACACCGUAGCACUCUUGGAUCUUUCCUGGUACAAAAACCCUUUAGACUAAAAGCAUGUUAUAUCCAGGACUACUGAAAACCUUGAUGUCUCACAGAGCAGGGAGUUCCCUCCUCAUUGAAAAAUGCCAGAUAAAAAUGGAAUUACAGUGUUAGCAUUAAUCUCUUUGCAGUAUAUACUCUGAUCAGAAAUUAUUUCAGAAAUAUUAUGUGCUCUUCCAAACAAAAUUGGCUCAGACAGCUCAUAGUCCUACUGGAUAAUAAAAUCCAAAGAAAUGCAAGUAGUUCUGAUCCUGUAGUUGAAGGAAUAUUUCCUAUACACCUUUACUUAAAACUAAGUAGAUAAGUUGUAUCUAUGUAUCAAUAUCUCAUCCAGGAAAUUAAUUUUUUUCUAGUAGAUACCACAAAGUUGAUGCAUUCAGUGUAAUACAAAAAUAGCUUGCAAUGACAGAGUGUGUUCCUGUUCCUACAACCACAACUGAAAUGGUAUAAUUUUAAUAAUGUUUUAAUUAAAAUAAAAUAAAGAAGAAAAUGUAAUUUAUCCUCAAUUCAUUCUAGACUGAAUUCCUAAACUGCUUGCCUUCCACUCCCUGUUUAACCUGAGAACAAGCAUGUGCCAGCAUUCCCAAAAGCCUGUUGCAAACAGAAAAAGAUGGGAAAGAUAUUCUGUUGUUUGUCUGGACUGACAUGUCUGUAAUCCAGACUCAGUUCCUGGUGCUGGUGAUCUGGAUCAGUAGUGCCAAUGAGACCUGCAGAACUCCUAAUGCUUCCAUAGCUACUUCUGCCUGAGGAAGCUGCUUUAUGACCCACACUUCCUCCUAUAAGCAUUGCUGUAAAUCUUGACAAGUUUGAGGGCUGUUUUGCUUAUUUGCUAAUUAAUAUAUAAAUAUUGAAACUACUGACAUAAGAAGAAAUUAAACACUUUCUAGCCCUUUCUGUUUCAAUUAAUACAAAGGCCAAAUGCCAACUGUAGUAAAAUUAUCUAUGAAAGGAAACAUGGCACGUUAAAUAAGUGGGAGGAAAAAGCUGCCAUGAAAUAUCAGUGAACAAAGAAUUUCCAGGUGUACCUUCAGUGUGUGUAAUAAUGUUCAUUCUUUCUAUAAUAAGAACCUGUUUUUUAAUGUCAUCAGCAAGUUCAUUCAAGAAUUUUUCAUGGCAGUGGUAUAUGACAAAUGCCCAUGUCUCUGAAAUAACCUCUCUUAAUCUAAAGUUGGGUGACAAUUUAUGUUGCAUCACUUACAGGAGCUAUUGUUAAAAUGUCCGUACCAUACUGCAGCACAACAAGCCUUUUGCAGCCUUUAGUGCCAUAUAGUAAACCAAAUUUAGACACAAAAACCCCUUUAUCUCUUGAAAUUUGUAGCAAAGUGUAACACAAGCAAUUUUAGAUGCUCUUAAUGCUCUGAGAGAAAUAACUCUUCUGGUUUUAGUGAGAGCUAAGUCAGUACUUGAGAGAAAAGUGUACUGAAUCAUCUGCACACCUAUUUCCCAACCUCUUGGUAUGUAUUGAUUCCAUAAAUGUCAAGAUUUCAGAAGAGUAUAAUUUAACUUUGAAGUGAAUGACACUGUAAAAACAUGUUCAGUAAACUCUGGGGGGAUUAUUUUUUUCAACUUCAAAUUGGCUUGCACUGCUGUGGCUUUUACUUUUGCCAGUGGCUGUUCCUGCUCCUGAUUUCCUUAUGAGACCUUCCUAAGAUCUGGUCUGUGAUGUUAAGCUUCUAAUUUAGGAUAGUCACUUUGUCCUGGAUGCCCAGAGUGAAAUUCCUCAAGGAGAGCUUCCCCUGGGCAUGCUGAAAUUAGGGAGGCUUCACAGUUUCACCGGCAGCCAGCACUGGGACUCAGCUGCAAAGCUUUAUGUGCAACUUAGUGCAACAUGUUUUAUAGGAACACAACCUGAAACAAGAACAAGAGGAACAAGAACUCCCAUGGACAUAAGGAAUUUGCAUCUAGAGUAGGGAUGAGACAAGCCCUGAGAACAACAAGGGAACUGUGGUUUUCCUAUAGUUGCAGGGAUCAUGGAAAGUUGCCAGACUAAGAGCAAUCCUGAAGAGAGGAGCUACACUUCCAGAAAUCAGAAUAAGAGAAAGAUAUGUUUGUAAAUUUUUCAGCACAAUGUUUUAAUAGAGAUGUGACAGAAACUUGCACUUGGUCACCUACCAGUUACCAGUGGAAACUGUUUUGUGUAUGAGCGUACAUCUUUGCACCCAUUCCUCACUGCAAGUAUCAAGCCUUUAUCAGGAUGGAGGCUGUGUCUCUGCCCCAGUUAACAGCAAAUUGAAACAUUGCUUUAUUCUAAAAUUCUCCUUCAUCCCCUCAUUUAAGAUACACCUGUAUCCAGUUACCAUGUUUGUUUCCAGACAAUGUGGAGACCCCCAACUCUCAACAUUUUCUUGGUCCCAUGCUGUUCAGCAAUCACCCCAAAUCAAGGAUGGUGGCAGAGGUCAGUGAGUGAGGGGUGCAGAGCAGGCACCUCUGACUCAAAUAACUUAGUUAGGACAUAUUGGAGACAGAAUGAAUGCAAUGAAAGGAAUAAAUUUUCUUUUUUCUUUUUAAGUCUAGCUGUCAAAUACACACACCAUAAUACAGUGAAUGUUAUUGCUUCAUUUAUAACAAUUUAUUGUUUUGUCUGUAAAUCAUAAUGGAGCAGUACUGCUCAAAGCUUUUCCUGGAGAAGGCAGCUGGGGAAGAAGCCUGAGGCAGGAGGUCAGACUAAGCUCACCACUGAAAUCCUCUGUGCUUUGAAGUUUUUGGGGCUCUUGAAGUCAUGGGCUGCCUCAGGCUCUGUAUGAAGUAUUUUAGGCCUAUCUGGAUGUUUCAUUCAGCUUUUCCAAAAGUGGCAGCCACACAAACACAUAGAUGGGAACUCAUUAAUUUAAACUACUGCCUUAAUAUAAGCACAACUGCAAUUCCAUUGCAAAACUCUGGAGACUAUAAUCUUUUAUUUCUCACUGCAGCAAAAUAAGCAUAAAACCACAAGUAUAGUUCAUUAUGUCUAUCAAAUCAUGAUAUAUAGCCCAAUGUGUUAUCAAAGAAAAAUUUCUAGAAAACUUAUGAGUAGAAGACAGAUAUUUAGCCCUAGAGUGCUGUACUGUUAUACAGUGAAGGACUCAGCUGUUGAUCCAAAUUCAUCAGCAAUGUUACUAUUGCAUGUAGUUACAAUACUGUUCUCACUCAGAAUCACAGAACUGGAAAGGACCUCUAAGGUCAUCAAGUCCCACCAUUAACCUAGCACUGCCAAAUCCCUAACAUGCACCCUUAAAUUUCAACAUCUACAGCUUGUUGAAAUACUUCCAGGGAUAGGGACUCAACUACUUCCUUGAGCAGACUUUUCCAAGUCCUGAAAACCCUUUCUGCGCAGAAAUUAUUCCUAAUAUCCAAUAUUAGGAAUUAUUCCUAAUAUCAGCGAAAACCUCCUCUGGCACAACUCGAGGCCAUUUCCUCUUGUCUUGUCGCUUGGCAGAACAGACUAACCUCCCACUUUUUGAUAAGGUGCUCCUCCAGCCUCCUUUUCUUCAGGCUAAACAAAUCCAGUUUCCUCAGCCUUGUAAGAUUUGUGCUCCAGCCAAAGGGCUUCUCUUCAUCAAGAAACUUGGAAACAGCGGAAUUGGAAAAUCAAGGUUUUAGAAACUGCAUAUCUUCUUUUUUAAGCUACAGAAGUUUUUUAAGAGCACUGUGAGCUACUAGCUAGCAGGAUCCACUACAUGUGAAAAAGUGUAUUAAAAGUGUGACCACAAUAGAACCCAAAUUGCUGAAGUCUGUGAAAGUCUUGACAUCAGAAGAAAGGCAAAAAAGUGUAGAAGAAGGGGGAGGGGAGAAUAAUGGUUUAUAUGGUUUAAUAAUUCUUUUUGGCAUGGAAGCAAAAAGUAUACUUUUGCCUUGGAAACAAAAUUCAGUAAGUUUUGAAGGGCUUCAGCUCAGUCUAAAGCAAAAUAUAAAGCCAUAUUUACAGAUUUUUCAGCAAGUCUGGGCCAAACUUUGACAAAGCCUAAAGCAACAGUAUGUUUCAACUGGAAUCAUCAUCUUGUUAUAGUUCCACUCUACCGACUCUGGCGUGAAACUCACCCAUUUCACUCUGAUUUCCUUCUUGGAAAACUAACCAAAAUCAAAAUGGACUGUAACAGGAGAUUAUCUCACAUUCUCUGAAGGAAUGCACCAGAACUAUAAAAAAAACCCAACAAAAACAACCAACAAACAAACAAAAAAAAAAGCCACAAAACCCCCCCCCUGCAUCUUUAUUCUCUAGUAAAUAUAGACCCUGCCAAAUUUCAUCCAACAUUGCUGCAAACAAAAAAAACUAGAGAACCACAGUGUAGCUGCCCUAGUGACAUUUUCAAGGUAAAUAACUGUACAAGGAUUCAUCCAAUAAAAAAGCACAGUGGGGAAAAACAGAACUAAUCCCUCAUUUUUUCACGCCCUGAAGAAUAUACUGUUCCAUUAAACAGGAAACCUUCCUUCUUUGAGUGAAGUUUGGAUGAACAGAUGGCAUUUCACUAAUUGGCUACUUUUAAUGUGGAUUUUUGUUCACUGUUCUGAUGCUUCUUUGUCCCUCAUGGUGUUCUGCCUUUUAAUAUGUUUGCAUUUCUUGUGUUACCUUUGUUAUUACUGACAUGCUAAUGUUUGGGACACUGAAGGUGAUAUUUAAAUAAGGCUGCAGGCAAACCGUCUGUGUAUACUUAAGAACUUGGGUUCCCAUAAGUUUCCAUGGUAUUUUGGAAAAGCUGGUGGAAUUUAUUUCUGGAGAGCAGAAGAACAAGAAAUUUAAUGUAAUUUCUGUGUAUAGAAUUUUCUCAAUGGACAGACUGCCCAAAUGCUAGUAGCAGAAAGGGAAAGAACAUAAAUAGGCAAAACUACUUUUAUUUCAGUCUGAUUUUGUUCCGUUCUUUCAUAGAAUCAUAGGUUCCUAGAACCAUCAAGGUUGGAAGAGAGCUUUAAUAUUAUCAAGUCCAACUGUCAACCCAGCACCACCACUGUAACCCCUAAAUCACGAAACCAUUUCAUCCAGAGCAGGAUCCAGAUGCUUCCUAAACACCUCUGGGGUUGGUGACUCUAUCACCUCCCAGGGCAACAUAACAGCAAAUAUUUUUUCUAAUAUCUAAUCUGAAUCUCCCCUGUCUCAGUUUUUAAAGCCAUUUUCCCUCAUCCUCUCACUGCAGACACAGUAGAAGAGACCAGCCCCCACCUCACCACAAUCUCCUUUCAGGUAGUGUAGAGAGCAAUGAGGUCCCCCAUGAACCUGCUCAACACUUAAAAAUCCCAGCUCUCUCAGCCACUCCUCAUAAGACAUGUUUCUAGACCUUUCCUUCAUCUAAGUGGGCCACUUUUUCACAGAAGGAGAUCAAGUUGUUCAAGCAAGACCUGCCUUGGUAAAUCACAUUGGCGGGGCUUUAUCCCAUAGUUGUCCUGCCCAUGCUGUGGGAUGGCACUCAGGAUGAUCUCUUCCACAACCUUGCCUGGAAUAUAGGUCAGGCUGGCAGGUCUGUAGUUCCCCUGAUCAUCCUUCCAACUCUUCUUUUGAUGGGCAUUACAUCUGAUAAUUAUCAGAAAACUGGAACUUCUCCAGUUAACCAGGACUGUUGGCAGAUGAUCGAGUGUGGUUUGGCAAGUUCUUUCACCAGUUCUGUCAUUACUUUGGGGUGGAUCCCAUCAGGGCCCAUAGAAUUCCAGCCUGAACAUGCAUGCCAACUUCCCUUCUAUGCAUGGCAGUGAUGCUCAACCCUCCCUAGGGUCCUUUGCCCACUCAGUGUACAGCUCCAACAGCAGAAGCUUUUCUGUCAUGGUCUCACCCUAAAAUGAGGUAAAUUAUUAGUCACUGGAAGAAAAUUGAAAAACUGAGCAUGUAGGAAAAGAUGUUAAGAAAAGCCUUUGGUUUAAGCCUGAAAGCACAUGCUGAUGUUGGUAAAGCAAGGUGAUUGAAGAAUUCAGGUUGGUGGUCCAGAACAGUAUCAUGCACACGUAGCUUUUUACUUAUAACUUCCUCUGUGUGAGAUACUACUGAGUUUUUACAUGUGUAAAUACAGCUUCAGGGAGAGCUAAAAGAUGUUUGAGAAGUGAGUGUUGCAGAAUACAAACUGGGAUCACAGAUCACACUAAUGGGCAUGACAAUAGCUGCAGCACGUGUGUGCAUCUCUGGAUGUGUGGAUUUCUGUGUUUGGAUAAAUACAGAGACCUUUUUUCUCUAUAACACUAUCUUGGGUCUAGAGCACUUCUGCAGGAGAACUUCAAAUCAAAAUUUUGGGUAAUACAGGUAAUCAGGGUGUUCAGAACUGCACAAAUCUCAGAGAAGAGAAGGAAGUUUUGUUUCUAAAGGUAUGCUGCUCAGUCUGCAAUCUAUGAAGGUAUUGGUACAGAAGUGAUGAAUUUGCUUUGCUGAGAACAAAGCAAAUUCAUCACUGACAAGACAAGAUAGGCCAGUGUAACUCUUGUAAUUUUUUUAAAAAGUACUCUUUAUAAAACAAUACAUUUGUAGCCAAAGGGCAAGAACUUUAACUCUUUUUAUCACACAGAAAGCUCUGCAAAAACAUCAUACUCUUCAGUAUCAGGAAGAAAAAAAGAAUAGAGAACAAGGAGGCAAUCCUGAUGAAGAUCCUACAGCUCUGCCAGGCCCAGGGCCUGAUAGCACAUCAAACCAAAAAGAGUACUAGAGUCAGAAAUGGUACUACUUCACAUCAAAACUGCUCCUGCAAAAGUCAGCUGAGGAGUAAGAAAGACCUUGAAUGUUCUGUUUCUAAAACAGAACAUAGCACUGGGUGUGAAAGGUAAAACCUGUGAAUUCAUGUGAAAAACAUGGCAACAGAGUUUGCUCAAGAGCAGAGCAUCGUGUGAGAUGAGCUAUCUGGCAAGUGUUUGUUCCUGAGGCUGGAGCUUGUAUCUUCUGGGUGGCCUGAAAGGCCCCUGAUGUCACAGAACUCAUUGUGACACCUCUGACAGCAAGGCUUUUGGUUCUACAGGGCAGUCCUGAAGGGCCACAGUGCCUGGCCUCCUCCAUCAGGGACAAACAUCCAGCUGUGUCUAAGGGUGCAGAGAUUUGCUGGAAAGGACACUGGCAGGGCCUGGGGCAUGUCUGUGCCUCUUUGGGGAGGAGUGAGCACCAUCAGUGGGACCACCGCAUUUGUUUCUCUGAACUGCAGGGGACAGGGAGCCAAACCCCGCGGUGGUCCCACAGCACCUGGCACUGAACACCACAGGAGAAGCUAAGGAGGAUGGAACACAUUGUGGGUCAAGAUCUAAGUUCUGAACAUGACGACCCAGUGUCAGGGAGGAGCGAGCGCCGGCAGCGAGGGCGCCGGGUUUCGUUCAACGAACCGCAGACGUCGAGGAGCCGAUCCCCGCAGAGGUCCUGCAGCACCUGGCACCAAGCUCUGCGGGAGAAGCUAAGGAGGAUGGAACGUGAUGAGGGACGAGCUCUAAGACCCGAAUGGGACAUCCCAACUUCCUCGGGGUGGAGUGAGCACCAUCAGCGGGGACGCCGGAUUUCUUUCACCGAACCACAGGUGGCAAGGAACUGAUGCCCAUUGGAGGACCCACAGCCAUGCUGGGUACGAGUCUGGUAGCACACACUACCAACAAGGGAACUACUGUAUGCCCUCUUACCAGUGUCAGGAAUGAUACUACUUUAGAUAAAAUCAGCCCCUACUAACAAUUGCAAAAAUAAAGUCAGAUCCAAUGCUCA